AUGGUGCCAAUCGACUUCUCACCGGACGCGCCGGACGACCUGCGCGAGCUGGAAGCCAUGAACAACCUACCGGACGGUAGCAUCAAACGCGCCCAAUACAUCAAGCCCAUCCAGUUCCGCGCCCCGAACCAGCGCUUCGCAAAUGUCAUGCUCUCCCUCACCGAACCCGAGAUAGCGAACAAGUGCAUCCUCGAUGGCGUCCACGUCUGCGGGAAAUGGUCCAAGGCAUGGCGGCAAAAGCACGAGCCCAUACGUUGUGCGAAGUGUCAGAAGUACAAUCAUGUGGCGAAAGUCUGCAGGCAGGGAUGGGAUACGUGUGGGGUGUGUGGGAAGGAGCACAAGACGAGGGAGUGUGACCGGAAAGGGGGGAGGUUCUGCGUCUCGUGCAACACGGACAGACACUGCAGCCGGGAUCGGGAUUGCCCAUCGUUCCUACAACGUUGCGUCGAAUACGACGAACGGCACCCCGAAAACUGCCGGGUCUACUUCCCCACCAACGAGUCAUGGACGCUCAAGGGCAUGGUUGCACCGGGCGCACCCUUCGAGACGUACCAAGCCCACCUUAUGGACCGGCCGGCGAGCAGUAUCACUACCCGCCCUCUGCCGCUCCUCUCUCAGCAGACGGUGAUACCAGCGCGAAGUGCAGGGAGUCAGAGACGAAGGCGCGAGAUGGCCAAUGAGGAGUUGAGGCGAACGCUAGAGGAAUCCGAACCGGGAGAAGGCCCAAAUGAGUGA